AUGCCUGGCGUGCUGAGCCGCACGCUGUCUAAGGCGAGAUGGCCACAGUGCCGGGGGAACCGGGCUAAGGUGCUGCGGCGGCGGCGCGCGCGGCUGGAGGCUCGGUCGGUGCGGGCGCGGGGCUGCCCGGCGAGCCCCCCGCGGUCCGACUCCACGUCUAGGGGCGCAACCCCCCGCAGGUCCCGCGGCCGCCCCCCACGCACCAUGCUGCCGCCGCCCCCAGCGCGCUGGCUGCCGCUGCUUCUGGCCCUGCUGGCCGGCCUGGGGCACGCCCAGCGGGACCCGGUGCGCGGCUCCGAGCCCACGACGGGCAGCCGCCCCGCCGCCGCGGCCAAGGUGUACAGCCUGUUCCGCGAGCAGGACGCGCCCGGGCCGGGCUCGUGGCCGGCGGAGCGGGUCCAGCCGGCCGGGGGGCGCCCCCGAAGGCCCGGCGAGGCGGAGAACCGGAGACCGGCCCGCGCGCAGCCGUCCCCGCGCCGAGGGCAGCCACCUGCGCAGACCUGGCCGCGCCGCCCGGGACCCUCGGGCCCGCAGCAGCCCGCCCCGCGGCCCCGCGCCGCCCCGGCCCGCCCGCGCCUCGGGACCCCACCGCGGCCCCGGGCCGCGCCCCCGCACCCGCCGCGCGCGCGGCUCUCGGGGAGGAACGUGUGCGGGGGACAGUGCUGCCCAGGCUGGACGACAGCGAACAGCACCAACCACUGCAUCAAACGGGAACAUCUAGCACUGCGGCCUCUAAGGCUCCCAGCCAGGCCCCAGAUUGUGAGAUGGGUAUGUCCGUGUGCCAGCCGCCCUGCCAAAACCGGGGCUCCUGCAGCCGGCCCCAGCUCUGCGUGUGCCGCUCCGGCUUCCGGGGAGCCCGCUGUGAGGAGGUCAUUCCCGAGGAGGAAUUCGACCCCCAGAACUCCAGGCCAGCACCCCGGCGCUCAGUGGAGAGCUCACCUCACGUGUGGAGGAGCAGCGUGUCGAGAGAGAGCCCUGAGGCCAGACGUGGACCGUCAGUGCCACAGCCACCACCAGCCAGGGCUCAAUCUGACUGAGCGAAUCAAGAAGAUCAAGAUCGUCUUCACGCCCACGGUGUGCAAGCUGGCAUGCGUGCGCGGGCACUGCUCCAACAGCUGCGAGCGGGGCGACACCACCACCCUGUACAGCCAGGGCGGCCACGGCCACGACCCCAAGUCUGGUUUCCGCAUCUAUUUCUGCCAGAUCCCUUGCCUGAGCGGGGGCCGCUGUGUGGGCAGAGAUGAGUGCUGGUGCCCCUCCAAUGCCACCGGGAAAUUCUGCCACCUGCCUGCACCGAGGCCAGAUGCUGAAAACCCAGAGAGGGGUCCCCAGCACAGGGGCCCUCUCGGAGGCCCCUUGAGGCAAUCCACCUUCACACUGCCUCUCUCCAACCAGCUAGCCUCGGUGAAUCCCUCCUUGGUGAAGGUGCAUAUCCGGCACCCGCCUGAGGCCUCCGUGCAGGUCCACCAGGUGGCCCGGGCCCCAGAAGAGAACAGCGUGGAGACCAGCCCUGCAGCCCGGCCGCCCGCCAGCCCCGGCCACAGCCCCUGGGACAGCAACAACAUCCCGGCCCAGGCGGGAGACAGCCCCCGGCCACCACCCCCGGUGGUCCCCAGACCGCGGGGACCGCUGGGCCGGUGUUUCCUGAGUGCUGUGAAUGGCCAGUGUGCCAACCCCCUGCUGGAACUGACGACCCAAGAGGACUGCUGUGGCAGUGUGGGCGCCUUCUGGGGAGUCUCCUCAUGUACCCCGUGCCCAGCCAGACCAGCCUCCCCUGUGAUUGAUAACGGCCUGCUGGAGUGUCCCCAGGGAUACAAGAGACUGAACCUCACCCACUGCCAAGACAUCAACGAGUGCCUCACGCUGGGACUGUGCAAGGGUGCGGACUGCGUGAAUACCAGGGGCAGCUUCCUGUGCACGUGCAGGCCAGGCCUCAUGCUUGAUCCUUCCCGGAGCCGCUGUGUGUCGGACAAGGCGGUCUCCAUGCAGCAGGGCCUGUGUUACCGGUGGCUGGGGCCCAACGCCUGUACCCUGCCUUUGGCCCAGCGGAUCACCAAGCAGAUCUGCUGCUGCAGCCGUGUCGGCAAAGCCUGGGGCAGCAACUGUGAGAAGUGCCCCCUGCCCGGCACAGAGGCCUUCCGGGAGAUCUGUCCUGCAGGACACGGUUACACGUACUCCAGCUCGGACAUCCGUCUGUCCAUGAGGAAAGCCGAGGACGAGGAGCUGGCCAGGCCCUCACAGGAGCAAAGUCACCAGAGCAACAGGACACGCCCAGGGCCGGCAGAGAGGCAGCCGCUCCAGGGGGGUGCCCACACAUGGCAGGAAGCUGGCACCACCUCUGCUGCGGGAGGUGCUCGGGCUGGCCAGGUGGAGACCAGCGUGACCCACGUCCCUGCCUGGGUUCCAGAACACGCCGGAGGCAGACCCACACAGCCCCUGCCUGCCCAGAGGAGUCCAGAGACCUGGACGCAAGUGCCAGCACCUGCUCCCAGCCCCACGGAGGUGCCGGUGGCCCUGGGCCCCCCAGACAUGGACAGAUGCGUCCCCAACAUCUGCGGCCCCGGGACCUGUGUGAACCUCCCCGAUGGCUACAGAUGCCUGUGCGGCCCCGGCUACCAGCUGCACCCUAGUCAGGCCUACUGCACGGAUGACAACGAGUGUCUGCGGGAUCCGUGUCGGGGACGUGGGCGCUGCAUCAACCGCGUGGGCUCCUAUUCCUGCUCCUGCUUCCCCGGCUACACACUGGGCCCCGCGGGAGCUGCGCACACGUGCCACGACAUAGACGAGUGUGAGCGGCCUGGGGUAUGCGGCAGCGGCGGGCAGUGUGUCAACACAGACGGCUCAUACCACUGCGAGUGUGAGCAGGGCUACGUCAUGGUGAGGAGGGGGCACUGCCAAGAUAUCGACGAAUGCCGUCAGCCUGGCACCUGCCCCGAUGCGAGAUGCCUCAACUCCCCCGGCUCCUACGCAUGCCUGGCCUGUGAGCCGGGCUUCCGGGGCCUGGGCGGGAGCUGUGUAGAUGUGAAUGAGUGUCUGACCCCCGGGGUCUGCACCCAUGGAAGCUGCACCAACCUGGAGGGCUCCUUCCGGUGCUCCUGCGAGCCAGGCUAUGAGCUCACCUCCGACCAGAAGGGCUGUCGAGAUGUGGACGAAUGCGCCCACCGGGCUUCGUGCCCUGGGGGCCUCUGCCUGAACACUGAGGGCUCCUUCACCUGCUCAGCCUGCGAGAGCGGGUACUGGGUGAAUGAAGAGGGCACCGCCUGCCAAGACCUGGACGAGUGUGCCUUUCCGGGAGUCUGCCCUGACGGAGUCUGUACCAACACGGUGGGCUCCUUCACCUGCCAGCCCUGUGACCCAGGCUACCAGCCAAGCCCCCUGGGCCGCACGUGUGAAGACGUGAACGAGUGUGAAGCCCUUCCGGGCAGCUGCCAGGGUGGCGAGUGCAAGAACACAGCGGGCUCCUACCAGUGCGUGUGUCCCCAGGGCUUCCAGCUGGCCAACGGCACUGUGUGUGUGGAUGUGGACGAGUGCUCAGGGGAGCAGCACUGUGCGCCCCGGGGCGAGUGUCUCAACAGCAUGGGCUCCUUCUUCUGUCUGUGUGCCCCCGGCUACACCCCCACGGAUGGGGCCACCCGCUGCCAAGAUGUGGACGAGUGUGCAGGCCCCGACCGGUGUCAGGGCGGCCGCUGCAUCAACACGGAUGGCUCCUUCCACUGUCUCUGCAACACUGGCUUCCAGCCUGCCGCCGAGAGCACCGAGUGUGUGGACAUCAAUGAGUGUGAGGACUACAGCCGUCCAGUGUGUGGGGCCUGGCGGUGCGAGAACAGCCUCGGCUCCUUCCGCUGCGUGCGGGGCUGCCAGCCUGGUUUCCACCUGGCACCAACGGGCGAAUGCAUUGACAUCGACGAGUGUGCCAACGACACCAUGUGUGGCAGUCACGGCUUCUGCGACAACACCGACGGCUCCUUCCGCUGCCUCUGCGACCAGGGCUUCGAGAACUCCGCCUCGGGCUGGGACUGCGUGGACGUGAACGAGUGUGAGCUCAUGCUGGCCGUGUGCGGGGCGGCACUCUGCGAGAAUGUGGAGGGCUCCUUCCUGUGCCUCUGUGCCAGUGAUCUGGAGGAGUACGACGCUCAGGAAGGGCGCUGCCGCCCACGGGGUGCUGGAGGUCAGAGUGUCCCUGAGGCCCCCACAGGGGAGCACCCCCCGGGUCCCCGCCACGCAGAGUGCUACUCGGGGACGGAAGGCCAGCCCUGCUCCCGCCUCCUGGGCCGGAACACCACGCGGGCCGAGUGCUGCUGUACCCAGGGCGCCAGCUGGGGGGACACCUGUGCCCCCUGCCCCACCGAGGACUCAGUGGAAUUCAGCGAGAUCUGCCCGAGCGGGAAGGGCUACAUCCCCGUGGAGGGCGCCUGGAUGUUCGGGCAGACCACUUACACAGAUGCGGACGAGUGCAUGAUGUUUGGGCCUGGCCUCUGCCAGAACGGCCAGUGCCUCAACACGGUGCCCGGCUACAUCUGCCUGUGCCAUCCCGGCUACCACUACAACGCCGCCCAUGGGCAGUGCGAGGAUCACGAUGAGUGCCAGGACACGGCCUGCGAGAACGGCGAGUGCGUGAACACCGACGGCUCCUUCCACUGCUUCUGCAGCCCGCCGCUCACCCUGGACCUCAGCCGGCGGCGCUGCGUGAACGGCACUGGCGACCCAGAGGACCUGCCUGACCAUGACAUCCACAUGGACAUCUGCUGGAAGAAAGUCACCGACUACGUGUGCAGCCAGCCCCUGCAUGGACGCCGCACCACCUACACGGAAUGCUGCUGCCAGGAUGGCGAGGCCUGGACCCAGCAGUGUGCUCUGUGCCCCCCGAGGAACUCUGAGGUCUACGCCCAGCUGUGCAACGUGGCCCGGAUCGAGGCAGAGCGGGAGGCUGGCGUGCACUUCCGGCCGGGUUACGAGUACGGCCCCGGACCCGACGACCUGCACUACAGCCUCUACGGCCCAGAUGGGGCCCCCUUCUACAACUACCUGGGUCCUGAGGAUGUUGUCCCCGAGCCGCCCUUCUCCGACCCAGCCGGCCACCCCGGGGACCGUGUAGCUGUCCUCGAGCCACCCCUGCCCCCCUCAGAACUCCAGCCCCGCUACGUGGCCAGCCAGCCAGAGUACCAGGCCGGCUUUGAAGGGCUGCAGGCAGAGGAGUGCGGGGUGCUGAACGGCUGCGAGAACGGCCGCUGCGUGCGCGUGCAGGAGGGCUACACCUGCGACUGCUUCGAGGGCUUCCAGCUGGACAUGGCCCAGCUGGCCUGCGUGGAUGUCAACGAGUGCGAAGACUUGAACGGGCCUGCCGUGCUCUGCGCCCACGGCCACUGUGAGAACACCGAGGGCUCCUACCGCUGCCACUGUGCCCCGGGUUUCGUGGCCGCGGCAGGUCCCCCACACUGCAUUGCUGAGGAGUAGCAGCGGGGGUUCCGUGUGGGCAGCAAUCUGGAACUGGGGCCCAUGCCCCAGGGAAGGGCCUGGAGGGAGCUUUCCGGGUCAAGAAGACCCCUGUGGACACUGGGCAGGCGGCUGUGCAGCCGACUCUCUUCGGGUCUCGUGGCCCCCGGCUCGGGCUCUGGUGAUGAGCUUGUCACCACCUCCAUGCUGCAUGCCUUUGCUUGGCUCCAAUACCACCAAAUAAAUGCUUUAAUGCUUCCGCCACUGACCACAAGGCCCAGCCCUCCGUCUGCCCUGGCUUUGGCAUGGGAUGUGUACAAAGGGAUGGUCCCAUCUACCCACUCAAGCUGCACAAAGGUGGCAAGGUCCUUUGGCAUCCCA